GAACCGAUUGUUGUUUUUGAUUGAAAAAUAAUUUGGCAAUCUCUGACCUUGAUUAAAGAAUAUCAACAGAUAUAAAACGAAGAGAUGGAAUACCAAAUUUCUUCUACUUCUGUGUCCACCACCAACAGGUGCAAAUUGUCGGCCAGUAAAAUAUUCGACCCAAUUGCCCCUCAAGUGAUCAACUAUUCACGCGUGCGGCUGUAAUUCCCACUAACCACAACCAAUAAAUAAUCACUUGGAUACAAGUUUUAACCUCAACCUGUGUUACAAGAGCAGCAAACAAUGGCUGGAGUCAUCAAUGGAAAAGGACAAAAACCAGUUCAGUGUAAAAAAACCGGUUUAAAAUUCAUCUCGAAUCUCAAUGUGAAUUUUGCAACCCCCGAUCAGCCACCCAAGUGUACGUGGCAUAAAGGCGUUGACCCAGAUUCAACCCCACAUCGAAGGACAGAAUGGAGAACCCAGGAGAAAAUUUAUUCUGAUGUUACCAAAGCAGUGGGGAAUACACCCCUCGUGAGGCUCAACAAGAUCACCAAGACCUAUGGCCUGGAGUGUGAAAUACUUGCGAAAUGCGAAUAUUUCAAUCCCGGAGGGUCGGUCAAAGACCGAAUUGGUUUCCGAAUGAUCGAAGAUGCCGAAGAAGCGGGAAUUUUGAAACCGGGUUCGACCAUAAUUGAACCAACUUCCGGUAACACCGGAAUUGGACUUGCCCUUGGAGCGGCAGUCAAAGGCUACAGAUGCAUUAUAGUCAUGUCGGAGAAAAUGUCAAACGAAAAAGUCGACGUUUUGAAAGCAUUAGGAGCCGAAAUUGUCCGAACACCAAUCACGGCUGAUUCUAAUUCGCCAGAAGGGCUUUUCGGAGUGAGUCACAGGCUAAAGAAGGAAAUUCCCAAUUCGAUUAUUUUGGAUCAGUACAGCAAUCCGGGGAACCCCUUGGCGCAUUAUGACACCACGGCGGAGGAAAUUCUGGACCAAUGCGGUGGAAAAGUCGAUAUGAUCGUUGUGGGGACUGGCACGGGGGGUACUAUCACAGGGAUUGGCAAAAAAUUCAAGGAGGCGUCCCCCAGCACAAUCAUUGUGGGGGCAGACCCCGUGGGGUCGAUUUUAGCUCAACCAGAGGAGCUCAACCAAACUGAUUCUGAUUUUUACGAGGUUGAGGGGAUAGGCUACGAUUUUAUUCCCACGGGAUUUGAUCGCUCUGUUGUCGAUCAUUGGGUCAAAGUGAACGAUCAAGAAGCACUUCCCAUGGCCCGAAAAUUGAUCAAAGAGGAAGGGUUGUUGUGCGGUGGCAGUGCUGGUGCUGUGGUAGCAGCGGCAGUAAAAGCAGGUCGGGAUUUGAAAAAGGGACAAAGAAUCGUUGUUAUCAUCCCUGAUAGUAUCAGGAAUUACAUCACAAAGUUUGUUUCGGACCACUGGAUGGAAUCUAAAGGUUUUAAAGAGUGUGAAAAUCCAAAUAAUCACUGGUGGUGGGACCAGAGUGUUGCUAACUUCACGCUAGAACCGCUUAUAACUGCAACUUCAAGUAUGACAUGUGAGAGGAUUAUGCACGUUAUGAAAAAACAAGGGAUCGAUCAGGUGCCUAUUGUUGAUAAAAAUGGUUUUAGGGGAAUUUUAAGUAUGGUCACAAUGCAGAAAAUACUAAAUGUCUUGAUCAGCGGAAAUGUUAAACCGAGUGACUCAAUUGACAAAGCUUCCGUUACGGUGUUUCCUAAAGUUUUCAAAAAUACGAGUUUGGGUCUUGUCUCUAGAGUUUUAGAGCGUGAAAACUACGUUCUAGUUUUAGAAAAACAAAAUACUGGACAAUCAACAAUUGAAAAACCCGUUGGAAUUAUUACAGCAGUUGAUCUCUUACAUUACAUUUCUUCGAAUACACCCAAAUAAAAAAUAAAAGAAUUCCAUUUUAA